AUGUUUUGGAAAGCUUUCGGAGCUCGUCAAGGUCUGAUAUUAAUUGCUAAAGGUAAAUGAAACUAAACUGUGAUCUAUCUAUUGACUCUGUAGUACUAUUUUAUUGAAAUAAAGUAAUCUAUCUGAUAACGAUUUAAUUCGGCAUUUCCAACAAGUGGCUCUUCAUCCGUAAAAAUAUACACAUAUUAAAUUUGUAUGUAAAUGUAGUAAAUGAACUGGUGGCUAGUGAAGUCGGCAACUAUUAAUUAGAGAGAGAAUUUCAGUCCGGCAGUCACUGUCAGGUAUGUAUUCAUAUUCUGGGCCUGCCAAUAGUUCAGUGGUUACAAUGUGUGGCUAUGGUGUGCAGACCUGGAAAUAAUUCCAGCCUCUCUUGGAUCCAGGCAUGUAGUGAAGGGGGGGUGCUUGACCCCCUCAAUGUUACGUCUGUCGGCAAAACAUGGACUUCUGUCAGCAAAUUCAAUGUUUAGAUAUGAUGUAGACAAUGCUCGUUUGCACAAAUUUCAAAGUACACUCAAAUGUCGAGAAUAUCAAGAGAAUUAAAAAAAUGGCGAUAAAAAUGGUGAUAAAAUGUUAGGAAAAUAAGCAAAUUCCAACAAAAUGUCAAGUUGGGAAAAAGGCACAAGAUUGCUGACAAGAUUAUGAGAGGCACCCUUCCAUAUGGUAGAGGGCCCCCUAUACUUUUUGUGUGAAGCGUGAAGGGCUUAUUUUACUUAGCCGUGAAACGUGAUCGGGCCCCCUAUACUUUUUGUGUGAAGCGUGAAGGGCUUAUUUUACUUAGCCGUGAAACGUGAUCGAUGAUUUUCUUAAUCCGUGACUCGUGAAAAGGCAAAAUAUUUUUACGUGAAAGCAUAUUGUGAAGAGGUAUAGGUGGCCCUCUAUGGUAAUACGAUCCACUCAGUUCAAAGUCUAAUCUGAUGAAAAACAUUGUUUCUCUUCCUGAAUUAAGUGAUAUGAUGCAGAAGAUAUAAUUGCCACUUACAUAAUUAUAUAUGUGUAGGCUUAUAAUUUUAUUUGUCUGUACAACUAAUACAAGGGUUUUCUUCAGGUGGUUGAUUUUUAAUUACCUAUAUCUAUGUCAAUUUAUUGUAAUCUACUGCAGGGCCUUUUUUAAGGAUUUUCCCGUGGGGGGGUAUUUUUGGAAAAGGGACCUUUCUGUGAGACAAUAUACUACAGAGUGAUAUCAAUGGCUGAAGGCCACGUGUGCGCCGAACAUACCAUGCACACAUGAAUGGGGGGUGUACUCCCGCAGAAAAUUUUUGAAAUUUGAAGCACGGAAAUGCCAUUUCCUGCAUUCUGAGCAUCCAAAUGCGCUCCAAAUUGUAUACUAACUAUACUUGUAUUUGAAAUAAAAGAAGGAAAAAACCCACAAAAAGUAAAAAAAAAAAUUAACCAUAAUUUAUCAUUACUUAUUAGAGGAGGAUCCCAAUGGUCAUGUGUGUGGGGGUGUACUUCCCCAGAAAAUUUUUGAAAUUUGAAACAUGGAAAUGCCAUUUUCUGCAUUCUGAGCAUCCAAAUUUGCUCUAAAAUUUAUGCUAACUAUACUUGUAUUUGAAAUAAAAGAAGGAAAAAAUGCACAAAAAGUAAAAAAGAAUAUUAACCGUAAUUUAUCAUUAUAUAUAUUUGGGGUGGGAUACCGAUGGCCGAAGGCCACAUGUGUGGGGGCAUAAUCUCCAGAAAAUUUUUCAAAUUUGAAACCUGGAAAUGCUCUUUCCUGCAUUCUGAGCAACCAAGAAAUAAAAAAUUAUUAACAAUAAUUUAUCAUUACUUAGUGGUUGAAAACGUAACAAUUUAGAUCGAUUUUGUUAAACAAGGACAAAGGAUAAAGCCUAAAACUUACUUUCCGUUUAUUUAUUCUUCGUAUAAAUUUAGGAAAAAGGGACUUUUCCUGGGGGGGCAAAAUGUGAUUUCGUGGGGGGGGGGCACAAGGGGGGACUGGGGGGGGCAAAUGCCCCCCCAGCUUGUAUGUUAAAAAAGGCCCUGAUCUACUGCCUGGGCCGGCUACACUGGACUAUGCAGUAGCCUAUCAAAUGUAUCAUGAAUUGUGAUUCAGCAAGUGUGGCGCGUUGAAAAUGCUUACGUUCAAGUUUCACUUCCCUCCGCAGAGUCAGAGGCUUGUCAUAUUAGUUUUGGGAGUUCUCAGGCAUUUUUAUUAGUCUUACACGAAACAGGGACUGCAUGUAUUUCAUUUCAAACAAUCCUCUACAGUUCAAUUCAACCCAAUUCAAUCAAUGUAUGCCAUUACCACAAUAUUUCAACCUAUAUUUGUACUGUAAAAUUAGGAACUGCAUACAGACAAUAUACUUGAAAUCCCAACGUCUAACCCAAAACACCAAAAAGUUAUUUUCCUACUAAUUUUUAAGGAGUGCCCUAAAUUACGUCCUAUUUUACAAACAUGUGGUUUUCUCGAAUGAGCUACAGCUAAAUAACAGGAUAUUCUAUAGACUAUAAUAGAUAAAUCUGAUGCUAUUCUGCAAAAUUUGCAAAUUAACUAGUGCUGUUCCCGAUUAAUUGAUUAUUUUUCCACAAUCGAUUACGCUAAACAGUAAUCGGAUAAUCUAUAACACCCCACAGCUUGAUGCGGGAAUGAGUUAAUUUCUUUCCGGAUUAAAAAAAUUGCGACAAGAUUGUGAUUGAAACAUUAAAUGACAAAUUGAUUCAAAACGUUGUGGGUCAAAUAUCAAUUUCACUUGCAGCAUGCAAAGUUUACCAUAGUCUGAUUGAGUAUGUACUUAAAACUUAUUUUUAUAAAUUAGCUUUUUUAUAAUACGAUUAUUAACUUUUUAUAUAUUUCAUCAAUUAGAGACAACUAGAUUAGUAGAACCUUUUUGUAAUAUGUUUUACAUAUGAUAUUACUUUUAUAUUUUACUGUAUGUAAAGCGCUUUAGAAUAUUUAUAUAAUUUAAGCGCUAUAUAAAUAACUGUUAUUAUUAUUAUUAUUAUUAUGUUUACCAGUGCUGCAAGUUUUACAAGUUUUUUAUUAGAAGAAUUUAUAUAAUACCAUUUGUGUCCAACAUUGCGGCGUGCGGACAUAAACCAAUUGUCGAAGGUAAAUUAGUAAAGUAAACAUCCUUAAUAUGCGGUCUCUCUCUUUUCAUGCAUGUCUCUUGUGUGAAGUGUAAGCGCGAGAACGUGCGUAAUCUAUAAUUAUGAUUAAUGUUUAUUUUAAACGCAGAUUUAAAACGUUUAUACUGACUGGUGGUGCAACCCCCAAAAAAUUUAGUAAAAAGUUUAAUUACAAUUUACAAACCUGUCAAACCACCAUGGGCUUCUCAUAUUUAAAUUAAUUAUCAAUACGAUAAUCGAUUGUUGACAACGAUUAAUCGUAAAACCGAUGGGAGCAGCUCUAGAAUUAACUAUGACGCAUAACCUUGUGGUUGGCGCGCCCACUAAUAGAUCCUGAUAAUAAUGCUGGAAUAUUGGGUAUAUAUAUAGAAGUGGUAGGAGUUGUAUUGAAGUUUUACCUUGCACCAGUAGUCAUCAUAGCAUUUCAGUGUCGUUGCAAAACGAUGGAAAAGAACCAACUGAAACGCAAGCGAAAGAGAACUAAACUCCGAUGUCUGGUUUGCCAGCAAACGUUUGAUGAUGAUUAUCGAAAACAACAUAACAAAAAGUACCAUGCGAAUUUACUAAAGGAGGGAACAUCUAUCGCGUAAGAGACGGUAGGAGCGCCAGCGAACCCAUUCGUUUUCUCACAAAGGCAUAAAAAGGGGAGUGAUGCUUAGCUCGUUUAAAAAGAUCUGGCAAAUAUUUAUAUAAACGGAAUGCAGUUGUUCACAUUCGUUCUAGUAACAAAUCACAUAUUCAUGGUUCAUUAGGUAUCUAUACAGAAUCUACGGUUACUGGUGAUUUGAAAGCCGGACCUUCUUCUCAUGAAACUGAAAACAGUGAACAGCCAAGUCAGAACACCCAAGGUCCAUCGCAUCUUACCAUCUGUGUGAACAGUGAAAACCCGCAUGGGUCAAAGAAGGUGUUCGAUCGUGGCACAAAUUUAAAAGUUGUGGUACAAAGAAGCAAAGAAAUCUUGCAAAGCAUUGUUCUUCCCAGGCCCACAAUAGUGCACUCCUUUCCUAUGCUCACUUCGCCAAAACCUCCGGACACAUAGAUGUCCUGUUGGAUAAGGCAAGGCGUUCCGCCCUCAUUCAAGAAGAUCUUCAACAAAAUAGGAGGGUAAUUGAGAUAUUGUUGGAUAUAACCAAAACCCUUGGACGUCAAGGGAUUGCAUUUAAUUCUGGGGUCAUGGGAGUGACGAUGACGGAAACUUCAUGCAGAUUGUAGCGUUAGUGGUAAAGUACUGUCCAGCACUUGUUGAACACCGGCACUGGUUGAACACGUCGAGGAUGCGCCCUUAUCACGUCACGUAUUUAAGUGCUCAAUCACAAAUGAAUUAAUUGAACUCAUUGGUCACGAGGUUCAACAGCGCAUCGUCCAAGAGGUCAAGGAUGCAGAUAUGUACUCGGUUAUGGCAGAUACGACAGAAGAUGUAUCACACAAAGAUCGGCUUGCUAUUACCUGUCGUUACGUGGAUAAGAUUGGUCAGCACAGAAAAAUAUCAAGCGGCUGCAUCAUUUGCUGAGAAAUGUGAUGCAGAUGUUGACAGCGAUCUACGAUAUCACCGUCAAAGAAAUCCCUCAAGGCGAAUCGAUGACAAGCCCAUGCAGUACAGCCGCAAAUUUAGACGUGGAAUCGUUCUAUCGAAAAUAAUUUAAAGCUGUUUUAGAUACGCAGAUCAACACGUUUAUGGUCAAACCUUUGAAGUUUUGGCGAAGUUCCGUCCCGACAAAGACAGACCAGAUCCAGAUGCUCUUGUGUCUCAAAUAGAGACUUUUAAGUUGCACUUGGAAACGACACAUGAAGAUGCUAAAGAUACUUCUAGCGCCGCCAAAAAAGCAGAGGAAAUGAAUAUUCCCUUUUACCAACAGAGCUUUUCGUCUGGUGUUAACUGCCCCAGUGACUGUCGCCAAGCAUGAAAGAACUUUUUGUAUGUUAAAAACGGUAAAAAACUUGUGCAGAUCAAGAACUAGCGAAGAGAGAUUAGAAGAACUUAUGUUCAUAGCUUGUGAAAAAGGCAUCACAGAUGGAAUACCUGUACAGAUCCACGCUGUGGGCUGGUUUGAAAUCAAGGCGAAUUGGCAUCGCUCCAGCGUAAAUUGAACAUAUUUUAGUUACCUAAAGCCUACUCUUUGAUUUUGUUUGUCUUUUAGUUGUUCAGAACAGUUACAAUAUUGUUACACCGUGUAAACAAAAAAAAUUCUUAAUAGAUAUUAAAAAUUACAUUGAAAUAUUAUUGAAGAAUAUUUAUCAAAAAUUUAAGUUAUUAUCGUAAACACGGCCAAACCACGCCCCUGUCACGUUGCUGCCACGCCCACUUCGUCGGCAAAGGUGAGCCGUGGACCCCUCCAAGCACAUAGCCUUCGCUACGCCCCUGCUUGGAUCCUACGCUAAGGGGCAAAUAAUUUCUUCGAAAUUUUUUUUCCAUUUUCAAGGAAAUUUCAAGAAAAUCAUUUUAGUGUAUGAUUGUAUGAUAAAGGAAAUCCAAUUUCAAUGAGUUUUUAAUAUAUGAUCAAGGAAACCAAAGACUUGUUGAGGCCAGAUAUCUCGGAUAUGUCUUAAUACUGGUCUAGUUUUUCUGGGUUUUCCCAUUGUUACAUUCUUGGAAUCCAAAAUAUUUUCUUGGAACAUUGUUCAGGAUCCUCCUGUAUGGUAGUGUGCAAUAUUGUGGGUUUGAGUCCUGCUGAACCCAGACUGCCUUAUUUGCAAAAAUGCACCCAGAAAAUUUAGGAUUUACCUAUAAUUGGCCUGAAUUAUAUGACAGACGGAUUAUCUGUCAAGACACAUUAUUCUUCCAACAGAUCAUCAGUCUCAGUAUAAACACAAGACAAACUAUGAAACUAUCCAGAUGAACUAGCUGAAAUAGCAUGAUCUAUGCUGGUAAAAUUAAGUCCUACGAACAAACCAUGCUUGCAAAACUCAGUUGAAAUGCUGAAUACAAGUAAGGAAGUAUUGGUUUUUCCCGAUAGUUGGAACUUUAGAUACUUAUGCCUUAUAUACCAUCACGUAAAAAUUUGCCAAAUAUUCAUUUUGUUAUUCAUUGAUUUUAACCUUUCCGGGUGAUUUACUUUUCAGGGCAGGUGCGCACCUCCCCACACCUCCCCUCAAAGUCCAGCCAUGGCCUGUCUCAGUAUCAAUCGGACCGCUUAGCUUUUGAAAUAAAAAAUGCAUGCUGAUCAGGAUCUUCCACACACCCAACCACAAACACAGUCUGGUGCUGAACCGGAUUGGAAAGUUUGCAAAGUGCACAGAUAUAAAGGUUUGGCUACCAUUUUGCACAGGUAACCUCGAAAUAUUGCUCAGGCAACUCUGUUUUUCUGGGCUAGGUGUACCUUUUUACUUUAUUAUUUUUGCACAAGUGAAUAUAACAAAUCCUACAAUUGGUCAAAUUUUACGUAUUAAGCUGUUAUAUUCACCUACAGGUGAAUAUAACAAAACCGAAAUUUUCAAAAUGGCGGCUAGCCGUUUUGUGGAAGUUACUGAUAAAGAAAUAAGCGAAAUUAAAAUAAAUUCAGUCCCAAAAAAAACCCAAAAGACUUGUGUAAAAAUACUAAAACAAUUAUUCGUCUCAGGCUCGGUGAUUGUCGGGAAAUAUUCACCUCGACUUCGUCUCGGCGAAUAUUCCCCGAUAAUCACCUCGUCUUCGGCGAAUAAUUGUUAAAUAAUUUGUAUUACCAAAUAUUACCAAAGUGCACAAGAAAGUGAACCUGUCUUGGAAGUGUGGAGCUGAGAAUGUCUGAAAAGUGUGCAAGGGAUCAAUUGAAAAUUUAGAUCUUUAUGCUUGAAGUGUAACUGUCUACGUAGUUUAGCGUCUCCACUAUCUUGCUGUUAUUGAAAAUUUCAGCACUGAGCUAGCUACAUGACAACUGCUCGUGCUAUGCUUAUAUAGUCGUAAGCAUGCAUUGAUUUGUUCAAUUUCUUUUCAGCUAGUGCAUGUUAUUAUCACAGCAUGAUCAUGAGUUGCCGUAGCUAGCUAAAUACUUAGUUGUAUAAAUGCAUGAAGUUAGUUGUUAGUUUUUUUGCUAUUUGAUGUUAACGUAUUGCUCUUGGGUUCGCAGUAAUUGGCUAAUCGUUGUUGCGAAUACCCUGCCAUAUAGUCUAUUUAGUUAAUUCGUUAAAUUAUUACUUUGUAAUAACUGUUAAAACUAUCUGGCGAAGUUAAUAAAUUAAAAUUAAUUAAAUUAUUGCCCGCCUGCAACAGACCUCCAGUCUGGUUGCUGAAGCACUUCUUUCAGGAAAUAUUAAACUGUUUCUUUUCCUUCUAGCUUUAAUUCUCUAGGGUCAGGGUAAGGGGGACAUAUUAGGGUGCGGCCCAAUUGGUAAAGCAUUUACACAACCGUUCAUAACGCUCUGUGAUCACGAGAGCAGAAAUUACGCAAGAUAACCCCUCCUAUUAUGCGUAAAUCACAAAAAGUCUGUCCCAAUUUUCUUUGAGACCAUAUAUUACAAAUCGGUCCCGAUUUCCUCCUAUACGAGUUAUGAAAGUCGGUUCCAGAUCAUCCCCAAAUCUCCCCCGCCAUCAAUUUGUUAAAUGUGCGGCCCCUGUGGAUAUAAAGUUAGAUUAAAGUUGGUAGGGUUUGAAUCAGGAUUAGGGUUAAGUGUUGGCAGGCCUGGAAAAAUGUGGGACCUGGGAUCCUAGAUCCUGAGGAACCGUUGCCUUACCAACACAAUUGAGGAACAUUUACACAAACGGUAUGUCAUUUUACCAUGCUUCCUUAAUCUCUCAUUUGAAACAUGUAACAUAAAUACAGUCAAGUAUACGUUGUUGAUGCAGCUGUCAUAAAGGUAGCCUACGGUGUAGACCCCAGCAGAAACACGUUUCGUAUCACGAAACGUGUUUCUGCUGGGGUCUACACCGUAGGCUAUCAUAAAGGCGAAAUGUAUGGUCAAAUUUUCCAUUCCUUUUACGCACUUUUGAGGAACUUUUUAAAAAGGCAAUUCAGGAUCCGAGGAAUAUUUAAACACUUUUCCAGGUCUGAGUGUUAACUUCUUGGCCCCAUAGAUGUUGGAUUAGGUUUAUUUAAUAUUUUUAUCCAACAUUGUGCAACACUUGACAUCACUGCAUGAGUUUGUUAGCCUGGUUUCCAUAUGACACCGACAGUCGACAAUUUUCAAUGUCAGUGAUUACUCAUGAGUAAAGUCCUUUGUGUAUCUGAAAUAAUUUUCUUCAACUAAUGAUUACCGACAGUGAGUCGUCGUCGGCGCCUGGUCGGUGUCACAUGGAAUAGGCCGUGGGCUGUUGGCCAAAAUGAUUUCGCUUCGUGGCACCCAUGUGGGAAAUACUUCGUUUGGGAUUUAUUUGAAAGGCAUAAAGGUGCAUCACUACCAAAAAAAAGUUCCCAAGCAAAAAGUUGCCCAAUACCGAGAAAAUGGGUGAUCAAUGAUUAUCGUCUAUUAAAUUGUAUUACAGCAAAAAAUGGGAAGUUUUAUAAUUUAAUUACAAUAAAAAUGACUUGCAUCAUCGGAAAACGUACAAAAAACCGCAUAUAAGACUUUUAAACAGUUUUUUGAUUUUUCAAAUAGUCUUUCAGUUAUUGCUGUUUUAAAUGUGAAAAUUGGACAAAAAUGUCGCAAUAAGGACUGGGUACUAGGUCGAAAACAAUUUUAGAUAUAAAAAAAACUGUUUAAAUGUCUUAUAUGUAAGUUUUUGUAAGCUUUCUGAUGAUGCAAGUUAUUUUUGUUGUAAUUGAAUACAAAAUUUCUCGGUGUUGGGCAAGUUUUUUGCUUGGGAACUUUUUGUGGUAAUUAAGCAUCUAUGGUUCUAUGAAUUGAACGACAGAAAAUCUAUUUCCCAGGGGGUGCCACGAAAUUGCUUUUCUAGGCACUUUUUCGCACAACAGCCCACGCCCUAGAAACCAGGUUUUAGUUUGUUUGGAAUCAUUUUCCUAACUGGAAAGUAACGAAAUUUUGCCCCCAAAAUUUGCAAUUGGUGGAAAACAGAGAACAUCAACACUGGACAUCUUACUUGUAUGAAAGUAAUUUAUUGAACUCCAUCUUGUCAUACAGGAGCAACAAAUCAAUUGCCCAGAAACAGAACAGUCUUCAUUUCAAGAAUGAUGAGCACACAGGAAUAUAAAUUUGAAACUCUCGAAGUAACUAAACCAAGAGAUCAUGUUUUCCAAGUGAAUAUCAAUAGACCCGAGAAGCGAAAUGCAAUGAAUCAAACAUUUUGGAGGUAAGGCGUCCAUUAUGUCAAAAUAGGGGUGGUGAACCAAAAAUAUCUUCUUACCCUCACAGUAUUUUCUUGUCAUCAAGGCUUUUCCCACCCUUUUUAAAAAUAUUUUUUCAUAGUUGGGAGGCCGUAUCUCCCCAAGUCCACUAGUCUGCCACCUACCAAAUUAAUACAAAUGAGGGGACAAUUGGUUCCAUUUCCAGAUUUGAAUAUGCAGCCACCAUAUAUUAACUAUAAUAAAAGAGCAAUUAAUUUCAAGUGGCUGAAGCAAUAGAAAACAACUCAAUGCCAUCCCUCAUUUUUCAUCGAAUAUAAUUUAGAAAUUUUAACUUGUCAGGUUUCCUCAAGAGGCCUAGCCGAAAAAUUAUUAUACCCAUUGAAUGGGCCAUUAUUAUUAAAUAUGGUGCAAGAAUCGUGAAGUUAAUGGCAAAAUCGUUAUUAACAAUACACAAAUUGACAGUAAAAUCAUGUGUCAGUGAUACCGCGCAUAACGUUGUCAUAUCGCUUUUAAGUGCCAGAUUCGGACAUUCAAAUGCAUAAAUAAAGUCGUGGUAUUUUUAAAAUGUCUGCACGUAUAGAAACAUUUUUUUAUGGCGUUCUUCAUUAGAACAUGGAGAAUUAAAACAAGCAAUCUUGCCUUCUUUGUGUUUGCAACUGUACAUCUAUCACAUUAUUCUACCAAUGGUGCCUACAUGCAACCAAUGCAAUUUUGUAUUAAAACCAGUGGCGAACGCUAGGGAGUUUGGGGGGGGGGGAUCGCCCUCCCAGUCAUUUCUGAAAGCCCGUGAAUGAUAGCUGAACAACAGAUUUCCAGUGGCCGGUUGUAUAAAAGUCUUAAUCACUUUUUAAAUCACUAUUUUGUGGUAAAUAGUGAUUAACUCUCAAAUACGCGUUUCUUAUUGGAUGACGUUUCCACUAACUAUAGUUAACUUUAAUCACUUUUUUAGACAACCGGCCCCAGGUGGUAAAAUAUUGGAAACCUAAAUCGCCCCCCCCCCCCCGAUAUUUCGCAAAGUGUCCGCCAGUGAUCAAAACUUCAUCUCGCUUUUUUUUCAGUGAGAUGGUGACAUGUUUUAAUAAAAUUGCAACUGAUACUGAAUGCAGGGCUGUAGUUUUAUCUGGCGCUGGAAAAAUUUUUACCGCAGGUAGUUGAUAAUUUGUUUUUGAACAUUUACUGGAUAUAUUAUACCAUCAUUUUAUCAUCACCAUUAUGCCAUACGGAAUGCCUGGAUAAUAUUGUAAUUCAGUCAAGUAUGCUCUCAAAAUUUAGAGUAGACAAGAAAGCGUGACCUCGAAAAGUGCCUAGAAAACGAACACUUUCGAACACGCUGAGUUCAAAUCCGAAAAGUUCCAACUCCGUAGACCCGCAGUUUUCUCACAAACUGCUAUUUUAUCUUCACUAAUUUCACAGCAAAUUUUUUCAUUGUUCAACGACACGGAUCGAUGACGAUACACGAUUAUGUCACUCAAAAGAACCAAUUUCUAUUAACCAGUCUUCCUUUUAACAAAAGACCGGUUUUGCUCGAAUAUGCAAUGCAAUCUUAUGCGUGUUGGACGUAAACAACAUAUCUUGUCUUCAACUUUGAGAAGGUACAGAUAAUUCCUCUAAUAUCCUUAGUUCUGGAUCUAUCUCUAUAAAAUUACAAGGACGUUAAUGUUAAGUCUUUGGGCUAUGUCUCUGGGCUGAGAAAUAAUUGCUUACAUGCGAUAAAAAUGUUUUAUACAACGAUGUAAAACGGUAAUCUAUAUGUAAUGGAUCAGCAUUUAAAUUUCCAACACAGUUUCUGAGAUGUAAUUCAAGAGAUAACUUCAUAGACGGAUUUUGUGUGGGGUGCAGGGGUCACAAUAUUAGCUAUAACCCCCUCAAACAAAAUGUCCACCCCUCCAAAAAAUUUUCAACCCCCCCCCCCAAUAUUCGGCAUAAUAAAAAAUAAUUAAAUAGUCCACUCCAACGUGCCGCAGAGUGUUGAUGAUACAAAAUAAACGUAGGAGUACACUCAAAUAGAAAAAGACAGUGCAAUACUCUGAAACUAAUCGCUCCUCGCUUGUAUUCACUGGUUUAUUGGAGCAUUUGUAAAGUUUUGAAACUCUAUUAUCUCCCCUGAAUAGAGUUUGCAGUGCCUUGUCAUGCAAAUAGCUGCUUGCAAGGAACGUUUGGAAUUUUUACGAACAUUAUUAUAGUUUUUAAUUCUUUUAGGGCCUUUUAGGAAAUAGUCUUGCCUAGAUUUAAUCUUUACGCCCCAAAUAUUUACAACGGAGUUGCAUAAAAAAUUGUACUCGGAUUCAAACGACACAAUGUCAAUGACUUUAUAAAAGUAAAAGCAUAUUGUGUAUUGGUCUAUUGGGUUUACACUUUUACUGGUUCAUAUAACUUUAACUCUCUCAAGUCUCAACAGACAAUCGGACAGGCCAAAUCCAUUGAUAUGACAACUUCAAAAAACUUUUUUUCGAAGCUAGAUAUCAUGAUAUUUUUCAAAUUUUUUCAGGGAUACUUUGUUUUCUGCUCUCUAGACUCCCCCUCGCGGCUCUAGUGCUCCACCCCUAGAAUAUAGACCUUACUGGGGUUUGGUGACACUUUGUGUUGCUUCAGUCACCUGCUCAGGGCUCACCCCCCCUAAAAUUUCUGGCACCACCCCAGUAAAAAAUAUGAAAAUCCGUCUAUGGAUAACUUAUUGCAUUUGAACUAUUACAUCAGUUGGUGUUAUACUGUGCGAUAAAAGCGAAUAUUAUUGGAAAGAGGGCUUCCAUAUACGUUGAAAUCACCAAAUAAACAGCUCAUGCAUGCACACAUUUCUCCACUUCGUCGUAAGUUUACAGAGCAUAUUUUAUACUUUGGGGCUGAACUUUGUCUUUGAUGUGAACAUUUAUUCUUAUAGUUUAGGGUUAUGUAAGAUUGAUCCUGUCGUAAGUGUUCUACCAGCAACCAAUCGACAAUAUUUCAUUUUAGCGUUGUCUUUGGACUUUGCCGUUACGUUGGUUUCGUGUUACGUUUGUUUUAAAUGCCUUGAUCGCGUUAAAAAAGUUAUUUUUCAGGCCAGUGACAUAGCCAAAAGACUUCUUAUUAUUUUCAGAGAGAUAUCUGUAGAACUGAGGAUUUUAUAGAAAGCGUUAUCUGUACUUUCUCAAAGUUGUAGACAAGAUAUGUUGUUUACGUCCAACACGCAUAAGAUUGCAUAACUCAAAAUGAUUCGAGCAAAACCGGUAUUUUGUUAAAAGGAAGACUGGUUAAUAGAAAUUGGUCCUUUUGAGUGACAUAAUCGUGUAUCGUCAUCGAUCCGUGUCAUUGAACAAUUGAGAAAACUGCGGGUCUACGGAGUGGGAACUCGGCGUGCUUGAAAGUGCUGGCCGUGGUCUUAUCCUUGUUUGAUCAUGCACAACUUAUUAAUAAUUACUUGUGCCUGAUCACAGCACACUUGAGCCUGAUCGCAAAAAUAUCUCAUUACUGUACAUGCAUGGAUGUGGGUUUGACUUAUGUUACCGUUAAGUUCAUUAUUUUCAAUAUGUGCUAUAUGCAUUGUAGUAUAUUUUGGCAUUUUGCAUGUUUCAGGAUUAGACUUGAUGGACAUGGCCUCGGUGAUUAUGUCUCAACAAGACGAUCAAGAUGUUUCCAGAAGGGCUUACAAUAUGCGAAAAACAAUAUUACAAUUUCAAGAAUCAUUUUCAGUGAUAGAAAAAUGUCCUCAGCCAGUGAUAGCCGCCAUUCAUUCAGCUUGUGUUGGAGGUGGUGUAGACAUGAUCUGUGCGUGUGAUAUACGCUGGUGUACAUCUGAUGCUUGGUUUCAAGUAAAGGUGAACAAUCAAAACUUUACAGUUUUAACGCCAAUUAUGUACUAAUUACAUCAGUAAUAUUGGCUAUAGUUAAACCAUCAAAUUAACGUUUUGGACUUUGAACGUCAUUUUAAAAAGGAAUUUACUCGCCUCUGUGGAGGAGAGAGAAAUUGUACCCUGCAGCACCUUACAAUGUUGUUAGUUAGAUAUUAGUUAGAUGUUGUUAAUAGUUACAUAUAUUUCAGAGAAAACUUUAUUCAGCGAACGAGCAAAAAGCUAAAACGAAUUUUAGUAUUGCAUCAUUACGUUUUAUUAAUGUGAUUGGUAAUAAAUUUCGUCUGUUUUAUCUUUAUGCAGGAAGUUGAACUUGGGCUAGCGGCAGAUGUUGGAACAUUACAGCGAUUACCCAAGAUUGUUGGAAAUGAAAGGUCGACUAGUGUAGUUGUAUUUUCAAUUAGCCUUUCUCACGCCGCCAUUUUUGGCGGCUUUUCAGCCGAAGUCUGCGAGAUAAGUCCACAUAAUUUAUCAUUUUUUGGACGAAUUAUGGUAAAUUUGCUUUGUAAAAGGUUAGUUUAUUUUGAAAAAUUGCUUUUCACAAUGUUUUAAUUGUCUGCAUUGGUUAACGAGAAUUAGAUGCCACCCAAAAAUUGCGGAUAUUCGUCAUCGUGAGAAAGGCUAAUUGGAUUCAAUUCUUUAUUUGAUUCAAAAUUUUAAAAUGGUCGAUGUAGACAUGAUAAUACACCCUCUUUUCUUUUUCAAAGUGUUUUGUUUUCUCUUUCAACACACGUUUAACACCGAAAGUGCUUUGUUUUCUCUUUCAACACACUUUCAACACACAAAUUGUUUGUUUUCUCUUUCAACGCACUUUUAAGUAACACACAAACUGUUUUGUUUUCCCUUUCAACACACUUUUAACACACAAAGUGUUUUGUUUUCUCUUUCAACACGCUUUUAACGUGCAAAGUGUUUUGUUUUCUCUUUCAACACACUUUUAACACACAAAUUGUUUUUUCUUUUUCAACACAAUUUUAACACACGAAGUGUUUUGUUUUCUCUUCCAACACACUUUUAACGCACAAAUUGUUUUGUUUUCUCUUUCAACGCACUUUUAAGUAACACACAAACUGUUUUGUUUCACUUUCAACACACUUUUAACACACAGUGUUUUGUUUUCUCUUUCAACACACUUUUAACGCACAAAGUGUUUUGUUUUCUCUUUCAACACACUUUUAAAACACAAAGUGUUUUGUUUUCUCUUUCAACACGAUUUUAACGCACAAAGUGUUCUGUUUUCUCUUUCAACACACUUUUAACACACAAAUUGUUUUGUUUUCUCUUUAAACACUUUUAACACACAAAAUGUUUUUUUCUUUUUCAACACACUUUUAACACACAAAGUGUUUUGUUUUGUCUUUCAACAACACACUUUUAACACACAAAUCGUUUUGUUUUCUCUUUCAACACACUUUCAGCACGCUAUCAACACACAAAGAGUGUUGAAAGAGAAAAGAAAAUGUAUUAUGUCUGAAUCGACCAUUUUAAAGUUAUUGGAUUCUUUCCUUGCUUCAACUAAGAACAUUAGUGUUCUGUUUUCUCUUUCAACACACUUUUAACACACAAAGUGUUUUGUUUUCUCUUUCAACACGCUUUUAACACACAAAGUGUUUUGGUUUCUCUUUUAAAUCAACACACAUUUCUGUUUAAACACACUUUUAGCACGCUAUCAACACAAAAAGCGUGUUGAAAGAGAAAAGAAAGUGUAUUAUGUCUGUAUCGAUCAUCCCAAAGCUAUCGGACUAUUUCCUUGCUUCAAAUAAGAACAUUAGUGAGAUUCAUAAUUUUCUACUGAAAUGCCAACAGUGAGAAAAUCUCAUUCAUUUUGAGCAGUCUACUUUUAUUUCUUCAUUUCCAACGCACCUAUUCAGUACACAGUUAAUCUAAGUGUAAGCUAAUCACUGCUAAUGUCGCUCAAAUGUGUUUCAACUGACAUAUACCCAGGAAAAGUUGCUUCAACCAGAAUGCAUGCUUGACAAAAACGCGUCCAUCUUUGGCCUUUAUUUGUGUGAUUUGUGCUAAGUUGUUCAGUAAAGUUAAGUAGAACUCUUCUCCACAAAGAUGUCCAUGUUUUAAACUCGAUUAAAAAACUAUAAAUUCAUAUACGAUUGAAAAACACGACAUGUAUUCUUUACAAUCAUUUAUUUGUACAGACCUGGAAAACAGUGGGAUCUCAGUAUCCUGCAUUCCUAUAAGGAACAUCUGCAUAAGAAGAUUGAGGAACAUGUUAAUUUUUGCACAUGCACAUAAGUUAUGGGAGAAUCUUAAGGAUUGAUUAUUCCUUAUCCAUCAUCUGAGAUUGUGUUGUUCAACGUUACUAUUUGGCGUAGUUGUACAGUCAAAUUUUCCAUUUUUUUACGCACUUUUGAGGAACAUUUGAAAAAUUCAGGUUCCGAGGAACAUUAAACAUUUUCCCCAGGUCUGUAUAGUACAAGUUUGUUCUGGCCGUCGUCAUUGCGUUGCCGUCGCUAGUGACCAGACGGCAACCGCCGACCCAUUAAAUGCCUGUGGAGAUGACUUUGUCAUCUGCACGCUCUUUAGAUGAGCUUCCAUUCUACCCUGAAACUAGGCUCAGAUUCCAGCCGUUGUGUUCUCGCCACUCGCCCACUUAACGAGUGGCGAGAACACAACGGCUGGAAUCUGAGCCUACCCUGAAACUAGUCUGAUUCAAAAUUAUGUUUGUUAUUCUUUCUUUAUCCGCGCAGUUUGGUCAGAGAAUUGUGUUAUACAAGCCGGAAGUUGAUGUCCGAAGAAGCUAAAAGCUUUGGUCUGGUCAGGUUAGUAAAGUGAACCAUACGUAAACUUGAAUGAACCCGCAACCUUCGCAAGAGACAACUUAUUGGUGUAUAACCUGUCUUGUAAUUGUUAUUUCGUUGCAGUCGUAUAUUUCAAGACCGAGAGAGUUUGAUUGAUAGUGCACUUGAUUUAGCAAGUCAUAUUGCUAAAAUGAGUCCAGUUGCUGUGAGUGGAACGAAACAUAAUUUGAACUACUCAAGAGAUCACCCUGUUGACGAAAGUUUGGAGUAUAUAGUAAGUUCAUUUCUUCUAGUGCUGUGUGUCAGUCAAAUUUAUUUAAUGUUAAUCAUUGGUCACUAACGUUAAGGGAUUUGGGAAUGAAAAAAAACUAAUAUAGUUAUAGUUUGCAAUUUACAAUUUAUUAACCUCGCCUGCGGUACACGCUGUAGCCUGUAGUAUACGUUUCGAGUGUGGCACGUUUUCCCAAACAGCUUUAAGUCGCAUCUUAAUUUCGCAUCUUCCCUUUGAAUUCAGAAUAUUAAGGAAAUGAGCUUCGUAUUAAUGUUUCACCAUUUUAUCUAUUCAGGCUAGUUGGAACAUGAGCAUGUUACAGACGGACGAUAUAUUAAAAGCUGUUCAAGCUGGAAUGAAUAAAGAAGAACCAACUUUUUCAAAACUCUGA